AGUGACGUUUCAAUAAAACUUGCGUAUUUAAUAAUACAAUGUGAAAUUUGUCAUAUUUUAGAAACUCUUGCUACAAAAUACACGCAUUUACACGCAAUGAGCUUAAAAAUUAUUUUGUUUUUAAUCGCCAUCGAGUGCAACCAGACAUUCGGCAUAGGUCUUCGUUCCUUUAUCCUGGAGGCUCACAAUCGAAGGAGGGCUAAGUAUGGAAAUCAACCGCUGGUUCUGGACGAGGAUCUCUGUAAGCAAUGCUCAGAUUACGCAGAGCAAAUAAUCAAUAGUGACGGUGAGUACGACGAGGACUACAUGUCAAACUUAAACGCAACGGGCCCAGUUAAGUCCAAGCACAUUCAAAUCGUGUGCGUUUUCCGGGAUGCCAACCCCAGAGAUUGUGUUCGAGAUUGGUUUCACUAUCGAGGCUUCGCUGACAACAAAAGGUAUUACAAAUUUACGGCCAUGAUAUGGAACGCCUCCACCCGACUUGGCGUUGGGCUACGCAGAAUACAGGAAACGCGGUAUCUAGUGGUGAGAUAUGCUCCUCCUGGCAACAUCUUGCGAGAGAUGGAAUCUAACGUUCCGAAGCGGCCAACAGUAUUUUGGGAUACACAAGAGGGUACCGGUGAUUGGCUUGAGUCGACAUCUCCCACAUUAUCAGUUCGCAAUGGUGGUUCAAAUAUUGUUGCUAACUGGCUGUGCUGUGUUACCACCUUAUUAAAUGUAUAUCUGUGCGGUACGUCCAAAAUUUUGUAGAUUUUCAUGCCAUAUUUGAUGUAAUCAUAAAUGUCAUUUGCGUA